GUUGUCGUGUAUCGCCCACGAAGCAGGGUGUACAAAAGUGGGUCGUAAUUUGCCGUAAAUCUAACAUCGAAGCGUCCCUGAAGAUGGGAGUGGCGGGACACACCCUGGUUAUUAGAUUGCACGAUUUCGUAACGAACAUCGGGGAUGCGAAAACUCAGUUCCCGCUGUUCUUUCGUCAAUGUAACAUACCCUUUCGCACGACUCGAGCUGGAGAGCGGAUUUUCUUUUUCUUCCUUUUAAUAUUUUACUCGAUAUUCUCUCUUAUUCGCUUCGUAAUAAUAAGCGACACAGAGAAAACUAUUCCAUUAGUGAGAGAUAACGAAAUCACGUAUGUGCGUCGAAAUAUAAAAAAAAAAGAUACUUUAAUAAAGAGUGCGAUGGGAAACAAAGUGGCAACCUUCACCGAGGAGCAACUCGAGGAUUAUCAGGAUUGCACUUUCUUCACGCGCAAGGAAAUCCUGAGAAUAUUUAAGAGAUUUCGGGAGAUAGGAGAUCCUGGAAUGAUACCGCGCACUAUGACGCCACAAGAAGCGGCGUCCCUCCGUUUACCCCUCUCGCAUUUGGCUCGUAUUCCCGAACUGAAGGAGAAUCCGUUUAGGGAACGUAUUUCGGAAGUUUUCACGCGACGCCAGGAUUCGGGACGUUCGGCGUCCGACGGGAUCUGCUUCGAGGAAUUUCUCGAGAUGAUGUCCGUGUUCUCCGAGCAGGCACCGCGGGAUCUGAAAGUCUUUUACGCCUUCAAAAUUUACGAUUUCGACGAAGACGGGGUGUUGGGUCUGGGGGACCUGGAACGCACCUGUCGGCAGCUGACUCGAGGUGGGCUAAGCGCCGAAGAGGUGGCUACCGUGUGUCGAAAAGUUCUGGAGGAGAGCGACAUCGACGGCGACGGGGCUCUGUCUUACUUGGAAUUCGAACACGUCGUCACCAGGGCCUCCGAUUUCAUGGCAACUUUUCACAUACGGAUAUGAGCCGUUCGACGGGCAUUACGAUACUGCGUCAUGUACACUUUAUAUCAUUCCCCAGAUCGGCAAUUACACGAUUUUCAGCCUUACAUGUGUAACAUAUAAAAUCGGAGCCGUUAUAAUUAGAGUCGUUGCAACUUUAUCACUAUAAUUAGAAUUAUUGUGCAAAUUUUGCGACGAUUUAUGCGUAAGCAUAAGUAUGCAUAAGCUCGAACCCUUAUAAUUUCUCACUCAUCGAUGUAAAUGCGAUGUAACACGUGUGUUAUAUCGGGAUUUACUGCUCAGAGCAAAAGGCUAAAGGCUUGCUACAUCGAUUGUAGAUCCAGCCAAAGGCUGGACAUGACGCAAUGCGCACACGAAGUUACGCACGGAGAGUGAUCGAUCGAUCUCGAGUGAAGAAUACAGAUCACGUCUGAUCGCCGAGCAGCACUCGCGGUCCGAACUCUCUCGAGAAGGAAGUCUGGGAAACGGGGACAAAAGCGGCGUUCAGGAGGCAACUAGUUUCGUUAAUUACAUUCCCUCCGUUCCAUUUCAGCUUGCGUUUCGUGCGAUGUAAUUAGCGCCUAUUCGCCUCGCGCUCGCUUGAUGAAGAUUGCCGGCUGUUUUUAGACGGCUUUUUCGACAUACCUGGGUUUACACCUCGAGAACGGAGCUGACGACGACGACGGGGGGAACUACACGCUCCUCCCCGGAGGCUCCCCGAGGCAGAAAAGAACGAGGCGGUAACGCCUAAAUCACGACGCGUCGCGAACGCGUCGGAGAGGAACCUAUACAAAACAGUUCCUUGACCCGCGAGACCGUUUCCCGGCCUCCUCAUCACGGCCGCCGCCGAUUUAUCGUCGCGAUCCGAAGUGAAUCGUAACAGAAGAAGGUAAUCUGCAUAAACGUCAUCCGCGCGUCCGCGUAUGAGAUAUAAUACGCAUAAGACGAACUUAAUAUCCCGCGCUAUUAGUUGCCCGCUGAUUGCGGACACGUGGGAAAACGUCAUCGCUGAAGUAUCACGAAGUACUUUGCUCUUUCUCUCUCUCUCUCUUUCUCUUAAUGCGCCACUUCGUCGACAUCACCUUCCGGGUUGUCUUCGCAGGGAUUGCCGCGUCCUCGAAACGCGCGCGUGUGUGCGAGCGGCAUCAAAAAUGCG